GCUCGGGGAGGUUUGAAAGGUCGGAGCGCGCUUUGAGAGCGGCGGUUGGGCCUGCAGAGAGAAUGUCGAUGUUGAGGCCACUGGACAAGCUGCCCGGCCUGAACAUGGCCACCAUCCUGCUUGUGGGCGCGGAGGACGCUCUUUUGCAGCAGCUGGCUGACUCAAUGCUCAAGGAGGAUUGCACGUCCGAGCUGCGGGUUCACUUGGCCAAGUCCCUCCCUCUGCCCUCCAAUGUCAAUCGACCCCGCAUUGACCUGGUCGUGUUUGUGAUUAACCUUCACAGCAAGUACAGCUUGCAGAACGUGGAGAAGUCCCUGCGCCACGUGGACGCCAGCUUCUUCCUGGGCAAAGUGUGCUUCCUGGCCACGGGGGCCUGCAACUCCUGGCCUCUUUGCAGCUGGGCGGGACAGCCACUGCAGCGUCCACCGGAACACAGUCGGGAAGCUGGCCCACACCUACCGAAGCCCCCUGCUCUUCUGUGA